GAAACGUGGGUACUCUUUGCCUGCCUGAUUCUAGUAUCGUGUGAAGGGGUAGAAAAUUCAUCUGGAGGAGACGGAGAUGUUACCCGCGAUAAGCGUGAUGCACAUGGCGAUGUAGCUACUCGAAAAAUCAGAAAUAGUGACAGAAAUGGAGGUGAUGGAGAUGAUGAUGAAGGCAACGCUUACAGAGAAUUGCUCGAAAAGCAAAAUGAUAUGAUUAUGGAAGACCUGCGAGAGGUACUGCAAGUCACGGAAAGAUCAACAGACUUCGAUGACGCGCAAAUCGAUAAACUUCUCAUGAAAGCAAUAAAAGAAAAAAGAAAGAAUGCAAACACGUCAGAAGAAGCCGCGUUACACGACCUAUUCGCUAGUAUAUUAAAGGAAGUGGCUUUGAAGCAAAAGCAGGCCAAGAUGACGACUCGACAAUGAGCGAUGAUUAAUGAUCAGUUCAAAAAUCAUCAACGACUUAUUCUUGUCCAUAUCAAAUUACUUCAGCAACCUAGAGACGUUAC